UGGUCAGUCUGUGUAAGUUCAUGGAUCAUUCCUUGAUUUGUACCAUGUUUUGUAAGAUUUGUGUCCAGCUACUCUUCAGAUUCCAGGCUGGCUCAGCAGCAGGGGUGUUUACUCAUCAAUCUGACAGCAGUGAACAGUGGUAUCUAAGCCCAGAAAGGAGGCUCAGAGUGAAGUGUCCGUAUUUGUACAUGGUGAUGAACACAUGUGGUGCAGCCAACUGAAGUGCUGAUGAAUAUGGUAAUAUUUUUUUCUAAUUGAAAAUAUGAGGAUAAAUUGUACUUCUGUGUAGAUUGAAUCCUCGGAAAUGCUCUCUGUGGUGGCAGGCAGUGCUGAAGUGGGAAGGCUGCAGGGCACAAAGGUGAAGAGGCUUUGCGAAAGGAACGUGCACGAAGGCCACAGUUUGUCUCCUGAUUAAGCUGACUCACUUCCCUAAAUCCUAACAAAUCUUUAAGCAAAACCCUCCAGUUAUUGCAGCUACCCAGAAUGGAUUAUUCACUGCAGUAGAACUGCAGGGUGUGAAGGGAGGUAUGGUGCUGUCAGUGCUGCCUUAUUCCCCUUCUGCCCCUGCUCUUACCCAUGCUCUUGGGGGAUGCAGGGAUGCCUGCAUGUGGCUGGAGCAGCCAAGAGAGUUCUGCUCAUGCCAGGCUUGGAAGGCUGUUUGCAGCAGCAGUUCCUCUGCUGAGCCCCAGCUUCAUUCUCACUUUAUAUAUUUAUAUUUUCCCCAACACAGCUGCACGCUCCUGUCUGCUCGUUUCCACUGGGAGAUGUUGUGUUCUUGAGUGUUCUACAUUAGCCCUCCUUUCAGAAUUUCUCUGGUAAAAUCAAACUGCAUCUCUUUGGGAAGGAGGAGCCCUGUUCUCCUGCCUUGGCAGAGCCCAGGACUGGUGUUUAAACAUCAGGGCUACUUUCAGCCAGCCUGCCCACCCCCUGUGCUAUGGGAGGGCACAGUACGUGUGUGACUCAAGUGUGAUCUCAGUAUUCCAUCUCCCACUUCCUCCACUUCUGCAAUCUAGAGCUAUUGCUAUAGGCUGCUGGGCCGUGACUACGUUUCAAAUGACAAGUUUGAGGCUUAAGAUUAAGAUCUGCUGAGGGGGUGUGAGAGUUCUGACUUUUAGGACUUCCAGUAUGUGUAUGGGCCUGAACCACACCUCCUGGGGGCUGAGCUGUGUUUGGGAGGGAGAGGAGUUUCAAACCUUAAAAAUUGAGACCCUUCAACCAUGGCCUUUUAAGUAGCAGAUUGCUUCUACCAGGGCAGAGAGCUGCCUUUUGCAGUUAAGUGUGUUUGCAUUCUGCCUCACUUUGUUUUGUUUGACUGAAGUGCAAAUGGAUGCUCGUGCUGACUUUUAGCUGUUCAUUACUAACUCACAAUUGUUCCACCUCCAUGUCAUCCUUACCUGUUUGCAUAUGCAGAGUUAGCAACCUGACUCUCCUGAGUGGAUGAAAUGGUUUCCUGAGAACAGCAGCUGUAUUCACAGUUCAGGAGGAACUUGUGAUAAACCAUUUUUCCUCUGCAGAGAAUGCCACGUGGGUUUGUUUUUUUCCUUCCUUCUGAACGCUUUUUAGCAUCUUAGAAAUAAGCACCUGAACUGAGCGGUUGCAUUUGAAUUCCUAUCAGCCAAGAGUUUUGUCGCUGAAGUGACACAGUAACCCCAAGAGGGGGAGUGAGAGAAGUACGGGUUGUGGGGUUAAACAGAGCUGUGAAACCAGUUAACCCAGGGCGGGGGCAUGUUGUGAGCUUUUGUAAGAGCUUGUGGCAUCUUCCUGCUAUGGAAACUGUUGUUCAAGCAGAGUACAAGAACAUGUAAGUGCUUAUCCAUCAUAAGCUAUAAACAUUAUCAGAGAAAAACAAGUGUUGUUAGGUGUCGCUUUCUGGCAGCAAUGUGGCCAAAGCUGAGAGAACCAAAUAAGGGGUUUGUGACUUGCCCUACCCUGCUUUCUCACCUCACCUCUGGCUGUGAAAUUACUGUAUGACAGGACCCCUUAGUGGAUAGAGACUGAAAGGAUGGUUUGCUUUCUCCUAACUGUGCCUUUUCUGUAGGAAACUCCUUAGCAUGACUUUUGCAGUUUGUUUGCAGACUGAGGUGCUUUCUUCCAGUGUUUGUGAAUUUAUGUGCAGAUGCUUUCACACAUAAUAGGUAGUUUGGGCUAAUUCUCGGGGCACUGUGCCCAUGCAAUGCGUGUGUGUGUGUACAUACGCACUCAGAUUGCUUCCCCACCUCUGUAGACUGAGUACAAGCUCUGCCCCAGUCUUCCACAUGGUGAUGCAUUAUGAUCACAUUAUCUGGCAUUUUAUCUCUUUUCCCCUUGCUAUGACUGAGGCAGCCAUCCCGUGCUGUCAGAUUUUCAUGACUUGCAGCCACAGCACAUGGCCUUCAAGGCUCCAUUCCAGCUGUGGUGGCAGGGUCAGGAGCAAAGCCCCAGCUCAGCACCGCUUUGCUGGCAGAGGAAUGAGGCCAAUGAGCUGGUGGAGUUCUCAGCUGCAGUGCUGUUGUCCAUGCAGGUCUCUCAAUGCUUUGUUCUCAGAUGAGCUGAGGAUGCAGCAGGGAGAGGAAAUUUAUUUCUCUGCUGUUUCUGCUGUUUCUCGCUUGUGCUGUCCUAUUUCUGUCCGGUCCUUUCUAUGGCUUUCUACAGCACAGAAUUUCCACACACCUUUAUUCCACCUCACCAGCAAGACUUUAAGAUAAAAGAGAGUUGACUGCAGUGCAUGGAACUGAUUGCUGCGGUACAUUUAGCUGCGUGGUGAUGUUAGACUUCCCCCGUUCCGUGGUGUGUGACAGGUCAGGAGCUCUUUGCCCAGUUCAGUGGUGGAUCAGCUGUUCCCGUGGUCCUAUCUGUGUUUGUCCACUGCUAUAUAAGAGCAGUGCACUUGGAGCAGUGUGGUUGGAGGUAACUGAGGUUGUGACUAAUAUUGCUGGGACUUUCCUACUUGCUGCUGUUUCCCCAGCCCUUAGACGUAGGGGAAUUUGACACAAGCAGAACAGACUGGGGUUGGCUGCUCCUCCCCAGCUCAGCCACUACUGGUUUCACUUGCAGUAAACCACCCACACAGCAGCAAAAAUUGUAACAGGGUGAGGAAGCAUUGGACUGCCUUCUGAGGGGGCUGAUGGGGGGUGGGGGGAGUAGAAUUUCCACACCUGGCUCUGAGUCUUAAUCAACCCCUCCUUGUUAAUCAACCCCUCCUUGUUUUAGCACUAUCCACAGCUGCUGUGAAAGCCAGCUCUCUGCUGGCUGUGGUUUGCCCUCAAAUGAACACUCCUGGCAUAGUGAGCAGUCCACAGAGGUGCUAGGGAGAUGUCUUUGGCAGGCUUAAGGUGUGCUGUGUUCACUAACCAGUGCUUGUACCUGACAGGCUCUGGACAUGAAGGUUACAUGCAGCAAUGAGCUGCUCCCCAGCUGCCUGGCAGAGGGGCUCAGGGAGCUCCAUGCUGUAGCACAAGGGAAUUAACAGAACUUGCGACUUGUUUCUUCCCCAGGGGCAGGAACUUGGAUCCAUAGUUCAGCAUUACGUCCCCAUUCUGAGCUGUGAUGGGCCUUUGCACCAGAUGCUGCUGUUCUGAAGCAACAGCAUUUCUUCCCACUUCUGGUCAGACUGCCCCCGCUAUUCUUAUUACUUGUCUUAAAGCCUCCAGCUGAGUUCCCCUGAGAGAAGGGCCAUUGCAGUCACCUGCUGUCCUUUUUGUUUCUGAUUUACAUGCUAUCUGCCCUUGCUUCAACUCCUAGGAUGUCGCUUUCCAACUUCUGCAAAUGCACAGCGACAGGAUAAGCACUGUGGAAACUGGGCUGUGCAAAGUUACUCUUCCUUGACCCCAGAACAGCACCCAGGGGAUGUGAGCAGCAUCCUUGUUUGAUCAACAACCAUACCACAGCCAAAGCUGCUAUGGAACAUGGAAUUCCCCAGUCCCUACAGCAACAUUCAGGCUCCUCUUCUUGCUGAGCAAUGUAAAAAAUCUACCAGUAUCUCAGGUAAGAUGUGUGCUGCCUUCUGUCGCCUUACAGCUCCAUAGCAAGCUACAGCUUCAAGCAAUACGGAUGACUGCAGGAAGGUUCCAGUAAGCCCUAUAGCUUUUCUGUACAAAAAUGUAAUUUGACUUUUGGAAACACUGGUUACUCCAGAACAGUCUAUUUCCAUGAAGGCCGUGUUUAUUUCCAGUGUUGUUAAUUACUUAGUUUAUUACUGCUCAUAGACUGUCCAUCCUGCAUCCCCAUGUUUUCUCCCUAGCUGUAUGCUGCUGCCAGCUGCACCAGAACAGUGUGUUCUAUAGGUUUUGGGGUGAGCUGGCAGUGCUGUUGGAGUCUGUGCACUGCUGUGCAGCCAUCUGCAGCUCACUGCUUGCACACCGAGGCAGCACGCAGGGUGAGCCAUUAGCUCUGAAAGUGCUUCUACACAAACAGGUUGAAAGCAGCUGGUGUGUUUGCAAACCUAUUAGAGAUGCCAAAAGCUGUGCAAGGUACACUUGGUUGCUGCACCCAGCUCAGGAAGUGGAAGGCCCGCUGUAAAAACUUGUGGCAAGGCAGAGUGGGUGAGGUGAAGCUUAUGCCAUAAAAAGCCAUGUGCCAGCAGCACUGCUCUGAGCUUUGUGCAUCUCUGGAAGCAGAGAGGAUGCACUGAUGGAUGUUGGCACUAAAUGGAUGUGAUGGACACUUCUGGAGGGAGAGACCUGUAGGUUUCCAAAAGGGCCCAAGCCUUCUGAGGAGGGUGGUGUGGAGGCUCCAUCAGAGGAAUCACUAUUCCUUGGAGGGUGGUAUGGAGGCUCCAUCAGAGGAAUCACUAUUCCUUGCAGGCUGAAUGUCUGCCAGCAGGUUCCAGCACAGCAAAGCAACCGAGGAGAGGGCUCUGGGCACAUUCUGCGUGGUUUAGAUGAGGGUGAUGGAUCUGAGCAGAGCUGUAGGUUUCUGUUCCAGAUGGUCAGGGUGAGUUGACAGGCACAGUCAUUCCUGUUUCUGUUUACCAGUGUAAAUCUGGUGAUUUCCUCAGAGAAGAAGAUACGAGGCUGUGAGUGCUCCCCUCCGUGUGAGCAAGAUACACGGUCACAACUCUGUGAAGAAUAUCCAGCCAGAACCAAAAUGAGGAACAAACUAUGGCUCCAGAGUAUUUCCUUCUUCCUUUUAUUCCAGCACACCAUAUGUCAUGAAAACCUCACUUGUUUUGUGGACUAUGUGCAGACCCUGUCCUGCCUCCUGAGGAAUGACCUGGGUGCCGGUUCAUACAAUAUCACUGCUACAUGGGUUGAUGGGGUCAGUCCAGAAAACACUGUGGCAGCCUGCAGUCUCCUGGAAUUGUCCAGGAACACCAGCCACACGGAAUACGUGUGCACUGUGGACAUGACUGAACUGAUGGCAGACUUCAAAGUCCAGGUGGAUGUCACAAAGAUAGCUGACAGGCAGCACGUGACUUCCAGAGGCUUUUAUAUGAAAGAAAACAUCAGACCACAGCCUCCGUUCAAUCUGACUGCUGUGUUCACAGAAGGUUACAAUAUUUCUUGGGAAACCAUCUAUCAGAACCCUCUUUUCUACUUUUUGAAAGAUGAGCUGGAAUAUCAGCUGCGUUAUAAAAGAAGGGCUGACACCUGGGAGACUCAGAAGAUUAAAUCUGUCCAUGAAGACAAACGAACACUGGUGAUCCCACCACGGGAACUCCAGGGGAACACUGAGUAUGAAUUCCAAGUGAGAGCCAGACCCCGAGAAGACAGCGGCUACUGUGGAUUUUGGAGUGAAUGGAGCUCCCCACUGACACUGAAAACCAGCCCUGCUGCUGUGACACAGAGAGCUGGCAUGGGAUGGAUGCUGUUCUUUGUUAUUGCCAUGGUGAUCACUGCCUCAAUCACAGCCUUUCUGGCCAAGCAACAGAGCUUGUGGAAGAAGAUUGCUUGCAUCCCAGAUCCAUCUGCCUUUUUCAAACCACUUUACCUGAUGUAUAAUGGUGAUUUCAAGAAAUGGGUUGGUACGUCCCAUAUGAAAAUGACCAUUGAUUUAUUUGAAUGGGAAAUAGUCCCUUCAGAAGCCCUGGAAGUUUUCAGCAUGUGUCCUUCCAACUGCACCUCACAGGAGGAGAUAAGGGAGCUGAAAAAUGAUCAGCCUUGCAAGCCUUGCCUGACCGCCCCAGUCCAAGACAGCCUCCUGUCAAGUGUGAACAGCAGCAGUGUGACUCAGGACCGAUCCUACGGACAUUUGUCCAUUGAUACUGUGACAGUGGCUGAUGCAUUUACACCUUGUAACUGCCAGUGCAACUGUAACCGCAUGUACAGGGAACAAAAGCAUAAUGGUGAUGAAGAUAGUACUGGAGAAAAUGGCUACCCCAAGGUUAACAUGGAUGAUGAAGACAGAAGGCCAUCCAGUGCCUUGCAUCUGUCUGACCUGAGCUCACAGGACAAAAUUUUGGCCUCAGGUUCUAUGUCCACAGAUCACCUGAGGACUACAGGUGCCCCAGGCCAUCAGGAAGUUGAAGGGGCUUUGGAAGGAGGGGUGGGGAGCAUCCUAGAAGCCCUUUGCUUGCAUCCUAAUCAGUGGGAUUUGGAAAAUCCAGCUUCUCUACCUUCCCCUGAUGGUGAAAGUGUGUCCUACAGUGAAGGAUCCUGUGACUUUUUCCCUCACAAUGCAAGACCUGUUGGCAGUUACCCCAUGAUCUGCCUAGAUUUGGACACUAUUGACAGUGGCUUUGUGGACUCAGACUGUGGGAGUCCAGUUGACUGUGAAUUUGAGCAAAAUAGUCAGACCAACUGUGGGUCUGUUCCCCUUGAGCAGGAAGGAGAGGACUUUCCGCGGAGCUAUGUCAAGCAAUGGAUCUCCUGCCAUGCUGACAGCCCUGCCAGCGGGACUCAGACAAACUGAGGACUUGAUUUUGUUCUGCAGAGUAUGAGGCCUUUCCCAUAUUGUGCCAGAAGCAAAGUGUCAGCCAAAUUGAGAAGAAAAUUUGAAGUUUACUUUGUGCAAGCUGCACUGCAUGCAGAUGAGAAUGGCUAAGUCCAUAGAAACAUAGGCCUGUUUCUAGUGCCGAUCAUUCUUCAUUUUGCAUCAAACCUGACAUGAUUAAUUUUUUUAAGAUUUUAUUCCAGAAUUCUUGGUCAAGCCCUUAUAGAACAACCCACAAACUUUAAUUUUUUACAAGAAAAAGCAACCGGACCUUUAAAAUUGUUCCUUACCUUACAUAGAUUGUUGGUUUUUUUUUUGAAAGUAAGCUUAUAAAUAGUACAGAACUUCAAAAGGAUUUUCCCUGGCAUUCUCUCAUGACUCGAGUUCAAUGUACAUGGAGUCUUAGAAGCAUAUCUAAUAGCAAGCAUGUUUGUUACAUUAAAGUUCCCUUACCCUAUCC